UACACACCUACUACCGUGGAACUGAACGGAGAAAUCCGAGCUGUCUCGACAUCCGUCCACUUCCUUUAUGUGGAAGUCCUCACUGUGUCAAAGUGAACUUGAACAGAAGGGCAUGUCGUCACCCGAGGUGAACACUUGAGCGGGACUUCACAGUGGAUGCCUUUCUCCCUGUCAUCAUGGGUGACCUGAACACAACCGGGUCCAUAACCCGAAAGAGAAGAGCGACUCUGUCCGCCGCGAAAGCCUCGAACCUGCAGCCGCUGAGCGAGAUCCCCGCGAGGCUCGCGCUCGGGGACCCCAGCCCUGAAAAUGAACCCAGAAACCGCCGGGAGAGGACCAAGACGAAAAGCGACACAAGGAGUCAAAAUAGUGACAUUAGUGCAAGACUGAGCUGCCACAAGACACAGCAGUCCCUUUUGAGUUCGGCCAGUGGCUACAGUAACUACAGAGGAAUACUCAACUGGUGUGUGGUCAUGCUGGUGCUGAGUAAUGCUCGCCUCUUCUUAGAAAACCUGUUGAAGUAUGGUGUUCUUGUGGAUCCUGUUCAGGUGAUUUCCUUGUUUCUGAAUGAUCCCUACAGCUGGCCUGCAGCAUGCCUGGUGAUCGUAUCCAAUGUGUUCAUUGUGGUUGCCCUCUACACUGAGAGACAGCUGUCGAAGGGUUCUUUCAGUGAACGUGUGGGGUUCCUGAUCCAUUUCAUCAACCUGGCAGUCAUUCUAACAUUCCCUGCUGCAGUGGUACUGCUACUGCCUUCUGUGACACCAGUGGGUGGUGCAUUUGCGCUUGGUAUCUACACCAUUCUCUUCCUGAAGCUCUACUCCUAUAAGGAUGUCAACUUGUGGUGCAGGGAGCUGAGCACUGUCAAAGCCAGGAGGAUGGUCAGAUCUCUGUCCUGUCCUACACCUCAGCACUUCCACAAAGGCGAACACAAGGUGUGUUACCCUGGAAAUCUCACCAUCAGAGACAUGUACUACUUUGUGUUUGCCCCGACUCUGUGCUACGAGCUCAACUUCCCUCGCUCCCCUGAAAUACGCAUGAGUUUCCUGUUGAGACGGCUAUUUGAGAUGCUCUUUUUUAUCCAGAUAUUGGUUGGUCUAACCCAGCAGUGGAUGAUUCCCAUCAUUCAGAGCUCCAUGAAACCACUAGAAGACAUGGAUUUAUCCCUGAUGACUGAGCGCCUCCUAAGAUUAGCGGUUCCCAAUCACCUCUUGUGGUUGAUGUUUUUCUACUCGUUCUUCCACUCAUCUAUGAAUUUUACAGCAGAGCUGCUGCGCUUUGGGGACAGACAGUUUUACAAGGACUGGUGGAAUUCCGAGUCGGUGACAUAUUUCUGGCAGAACUGGAACAUCCCCGUGCACAAGUGGUGUCUGCGACAUUUUUACAAACCUCUGCUGAGGAGAGGAGUCAGUAAAAUGGCCAGCCAAUCAGCUGUCUUCUUCUUGUCGGCCUUCUUCCAUGAGUACUUGGUGAGCGUUCCUCUCAGGAUGUUCAGACUUUGGGCGUUCACCGGCAUGAUGGCACAGCUUCCACUAGCCUGGUUUGUCGGUCGCUUCCUCCGUGGUAACUAUGGCAACGCGGCAGUGUGGAUGUCACUCAUCAUCGGUCAGCCGUUCGCCGUGUUGAUGUAUGUCCAUGACUACUACGUGAUGCACUACAAACACGAGGAGGCUUGACUCCCCCCCUUCCACAAAACGGCCCGUCCAUCUUAAUGAACACAAUAAAAAAGCGCUUGUUUACAAUUAUUCUUACUCCUUAAAUCUCAUCUUUUAAAAAUGAGACAAACCAUUCAGUGUUUACCGUGUGGUACUACCAUAAAUAAACAUCACUAGGUAUUCUUAGUUAAAUGCCUUAAAAAUGGCGACUUCCUGUUUAGAAUUCAAGAAAAAAAGCUGUAAAUCCCAGCACACUGCUGAAUAGGAAUGUGGAAAGAAUGAAAAAAUGUGGUUUUAAACUCAGGUAAUGUUAAAAUGAUGGUCAGUCGGAGCUGAAACUCCAGACAAAUAAAUAAAAACUUGUUUUCAGGACUGCAGGAAACAAGAAGAGUAUAAAGACUUGCUGUACUCUUGAUAUUUUCUUUACACAGACAGUAUAUUCAUGGUAGCUGGAAUUUUAAUGUUUUUUUUUGUUUUGUUUUUGAGUUUGGGAGCCAAAGUGUCUGUACUCUGGUUUUACAGUAAAAGGGAACAAGAAAUGAAUGUAUACCUAUAGGACUGUGUUUUUAUUAAUUAUGUUUCCAUGACUUUCUUUGGGGCCAGCAAUACUGUACACUUUGACUUGUUGAAAUGUUUGUAUUUUUACCUCAAGUGCCAUUAAAUGGAGAAAAUGUGUCUUUAGAUGCAUUUAAUGGACUGUAUGCAAGUGUUAACAACUAAGUAAAGAAUUUUACCAGAGAAACAAAAA